AUGCCUUCAAUCCAUCAUAGGUGUAUACCGUCUAAGGUACAGUGGUUGGAACAGAACUCUAUGAAAAAUGGAUUCAAACCCGGAGUGUACGAAAAAUACGGUCUGUACAUGGGCAAUUGGGAACAUGACAGGAAACAAGGUGAGCUCACGAUUAGCCAUAGAAACAGAGCAAACGGUAACGUUUACGACGGACAAUGGAAAAAUGGUCUGAAACACGGCGAAGGUGUGUACAUGUUUAAAGACAAAGGUCAAUUGAUGGAUGGCGUUUGGAUCGAUGGAGAGCUGAAAAUCAGCACCAUCAAAUAUUUCGACCAACCGGACAGUACGCGAAUACAAUAUAUGAUGCCCGAGAUUUCCAAAUCUGACGAGAAAAAUAUACUAAAAGCGUACGAGUAUACAAAAUCGGAAAUACUCAAAAAUCUGUGA